GUGCACCCUAGUUGUAGCUGUGUAUAAUUUGCUCUAGAGGCGAAAUGAAGGACGCAAUUGCACUGCUGUUGAUUCUGCUGAAUGUCCAAAUUGCCAAGAUGCACCCACUGCCAUAUCAGGCUGACUCAAAUCGACAAUGUCAGGACCCCAAGACAGAAUAUCUAUUAGAUGACGGCUCUAACUUGUGCUGCAAAAAGUGCGCCCCUGGACAUCGGCUGGUAGAGCAGUGUUCUGACACUACCAAUAGUGUGUGUGAACCGUGUCCGAGCGACCAGUAUCUCGUGGACUGGAACUUCUCUCCAAACUGCUUUUCCUGUCCCAGAUGCAAAGCAAAAAAAGGUCUGCAGUAUGCCCAGAACUGUUCCAGUAGCACCAAGUCCAAAUGUGUGUGCCUGCCUGGAAUGUAUUGCAUGCUGGAUUAUAAUGCUCCGUACUGCUCCGAGUGCGCAAAAUACACAACCUGCAAGCCUGGCACUGGAGUCUCCAUACAAGGGACACCUAACUCCAAUGUGAAGUGUGCACAAUGCAAGGAAGGAACAUUCUCCAACAAAGCCUCCUCCACUAACGCCUGUCAGCCUCAUACAAACUGUCAGGGGAGGGCUGUUCUGAGAAAGGGCAAUGCCACCUCAGACACUGUGUGUGAGCCAGAGCCGCUUUCAUCCACCAUCCUGCCUCAAAGCCCACCAGCUGAGCCUCGGGGCAAUUUUGUGACCUCAAAUGGAAGUCCACUGACCACCGCCGCCUCACCAACCUCAGACCCCAGAUUGCCUGUCACUUCAUCUUUUUCAGGUGUUAUGAUCUACCAUUCAACAAAAGCCCCGCUACCAGACACUAACAUGAAAACAGUAGUUGCAGCCAUUGCCAGUGCCAUUGGACUUAUUUUGCUUUUCAUCAUUGUCUCAAUUCUGCUAUUCCGAUGUAAUGCGAGGAAGAGGAGAGGGGCUGAAGAUUUUCAUCCUAAAACCGAUGCAAAUGGGAAUUGUGAGAGGGAUGUUAAACAGAUCAGUCAGAAUUAUUCAGCUGACACUCAUCUCACUUCAUUCACUGUUACGUCUCCGGAACAACAGUGUCUGCUGGAAAAAGGCGAGACCUGCAGUCCUAUCUGUCAGUCUAGUGACGACACUGAAAUUUCAACAAAGAUGGAGGGCUGUAGCAACCAGGGCUGCGAGUCCAUCAGCACUUCCCUGUACACCACAGCACCGCAUGACCCACACUCGAUGCUGUCAGAACCGAUGUCCUUACUUUCCAAUAGCGAGCCCAUCAGCUCCCAGCCCAGCAUCCCGCCUCAGUCGUCCUCUCAGCCCACCAGCCCCCAGCUCAUCAGUCCUGUGGCCGCCAGUCCCCACGUCAAUGUCAACAUCACUUUCCACAUAGGGAACGGGUCCUGUGGGACGCCACCCGUCAUACCCACAAACUCAGUGCAGACGGACAGUGACCUCCCCGUCGGAGAGGAGGAGGAGUGCUUCAGUGUCCCACAGCAAGAGGCCGGCAAGCAGUUGCUGACAUCGGUGGCUGAGUCUCUCGGUCUGUCAGAUGUAUGAACUCUAGAUAAACCAGUAUAUAGACAUAUAUGUAUGUAUGUAUAUAUGUAUGUAUGUGU